AUCCAGCAACGUUCCGCGGAGACGGUAAUUAGCGUCAAUAUUACUACGCCAAGCGCAUUAGUAUCGUCAUAGAAGGCGAAAUAAUGGCUUUGAAUCGGAAAUACGCCAACUUGCCAGAUCUGGAUUCGGCACCAGACAUUUAUGAAACUCCCGACUUGGUAGAUGACAAUUCGACGGUUCCCACAACGGCUGCGCGAACGCAAUCUGAGGACGAAUUCUACGAGGUUGAGGACGAUGCGGAUAACAUUUCGCGAUCCAGAUUGCGAAUUGGUGAAGCUCGUUCGCGAUUUGAACCAGCAAAUGUUGACUCUACACAAGUUGACUUCUCUGACCGCGUUGAUGGCAAACGAAGAUCAUACAAAACCUCAAGCCGACGCCAAAGAAUCCUCGCCGACGGUACACACGAGCUAGGCGACUUAUCUGACGAUGAGGACGAAGAGAGCCUUGAGCGACGCAUCGCAAGACUUCAACGAGAGGUCCAGGAAGCAAAAAAUGAAUACUUGAAACAGAAAGAUGCUACAUCGUCAUCAUCAGACAACCAGCCGGAUCCUCGAGUCGAGUCGUUAAGCUCAGUGCUGGACGAGAUCUCAAAGCCGAUUGGUGUCGUCCAAACUAGCAGUGAGACAACGCCUCCUGUAGAUGUCCCGAAAGAUUCUGCGAUACCACAGUCUACCACUGGAGGCCCUACCUACACAGUUACAUACGCUCCUACCUAUCAAGAAAGCCACGCUUUGGCGAAGGCCGCCGACUUUGAUAGACGCCUGGUUAUUUUGGAACGAAGCUUAGGUCUCGCACUGUCAUCCGCCAAUGAGAUAGGAGAGAAUGGGCUACCCCGUGCUAUUCUUCCAACUCUUGAUGCGAUGGAGAAGCAGAUGUCCACCAUUGCUCAAGCAUCUACUGCCAAUCUUGAUGCCAUUAGCCGACGUGUACGCACCUUGGCACAAGACCAAGAUAGGCUCAACGACACGCGAGAGAAAGCUAAAGCUCUUCGAGAAGAACUUGGCCGAAAUGAAACGCCAGCUUCAGGCGAGGAAUCCGAACAAGAUACAAAGGUCAAUGCCCUCUAUGCUAUCCUACCGACGAUAGAAAACCUAUCCCCGAUCCUGCCACCGCUUCUGGAUAGACUGCGUUCUCUACGAACAAUACAUGCUGACGCAGCCACUGCAAGCCAGACGCUGGAUCAAAUUGAGCAACGACAGGCGGAUAUGACCGCAGAACUCAAGCAAUGGAACGAAGGCUUGACCAAGCUUGAAGCAGCUAUCAAGGCAGGUAGUACUACAAACGAAAGUAACCUAAAGGUCAUGGAAGGAUGGGUCAAGGAGCUUGAACAAAAAAUGGAAAAGCUCUCAUAAAUACCUUAUAAAUUAUGUACAAACUUUUUGGUAGAACUUAUAGCCAUAUUCAAUGUAAACAAGAUACCCGAAAGCGCUUCGGCAAUCGCCGGUCACGUGGGUGUUCACACUUAAAUUUCGCGAGCUAGCCAUCAGUCCCUUU